GGAGCGCGGCCCCGGGGGAGGCCGGCCCCGGGCGUGAGGCGAUGCGGCGGUGGCCGCCGUGCUCUGCCGGGGGCCGGAGGGAGGUUUCUCAACAAGUGUUCCAGUAAUCUGACGGAUAAGAAAAUGGCUUGCAGAUCUGUGGAAAGACCAACCUUCUUUGAAAUAUUUAAGAUGCGUUGCAGUGAUUCAGACUUAGGGCCUAUAAGUCUGAACUGGUUUGAAGAACUCAGCUCAGAAGCACCCCCAUACGAACCUAAAUUGUUAGGAGAGCUUGAUGGUCCCAUCGAUCAAACUUCUUUUAAAACUCCAAAGGCAAAACCCUCCAUGUACAGCCAGCUGACAUCAACUCCACCAAUUUUUAAAGAACAAAAUACAAUAAUGCCACCAUUUUCCUCUCCUGGAAGAGAACUGGAUCAGAAAAAAAUAGGAACAAGCAGAGAGAAUUUUACAAGUCCAAGUAUCAUAGGAAGAAAAAGAGAUCAAGAAAAUGAAAUACUAACUUCUCCUCUUGGUACCUGCCCCAACUUCCUUGCUGCCAGCCCAGCUAUUUUAAGGAAUGCUUACAGAACACCGCAGAGAAGUAAUAUUCCUGGACCAUAUGGAAGCUUGUUUUGCACACCAAAAUUUUUGGAGGUCCGAACUCCAAAACGUAUUUCUGAAAGUCUGGGGGCAGAAGUGGAUCCCGAUAUGUCCUGGUCAAGUUCUUUAGCUACACCUCCUACACUUGGUGCAACAGUGAUCAUAGCUAGGGAGACCGAUUCUAUUUCUGGACCAAAGCAACAGGAUGAAAGAGCUGAGACAGUUUUGCACAACUUUUCUUCUGACCAUGAUGAAUGUCCUGGGAAGAUUGAUACCAGUCUGCUGUCUGUACCAGAGACAGUAAAGCUAAAUGUUGAAGAUGUUACCAAAGAUUUUGAGUCGGAGAUGUUGGAUGGUUUUUUUGGGGAGAUGGAUAGCUUUGAGGAUACACUCAAUGUGCCCGCUGAAUCCAGCGGAACUCUGCUGCUACAGCCACGUGUUCUGGAUGAAACAGACAAGUGUGAAACAAAAAUAGAUGAAGCACAAGGAGAGGGGGAUGUUCCUUCUGAACAGCCUGUUAGAAGAAAGACUGGCGUUUCACAGGAAGUGGAAAUGGCUAACGGGGCUGAAAAAAGCCACCCUAUUGCAAUGAAGGAUUCUUUAUUCCAAAUCACCGAUGAAGAUUUGGGGGAUAGUAAAGAUGUCUGCUUAAUAGGACAUGAAGAAGAACUGGAUUUGCUUAGGAUCACAGGAAACGUGCGAGGUAACAGAACAGAGAAAUCAUGUGAGAACGAGAAGCUUGUGAAAGAUGAUGUGCUGUCUUCGUCAAGUCAGUGGUCACAGCUGAACCUGUCUGGUCUUGAUGUAACUCAUCUGGAAAUGUCUAUGUGUAGCUCUCCAUCCCUUGAUUUAUGUACGGACAAAGAUUUAAAAGAGAAAACAGCCCUAAUGACCAAGGAUGAUGCUGUAGAAACAUCUUUACUGAAUACUUCGGGCUGGAAAAAUGCACAACAGCUCUUGCAUGCCAGUUUGUCAGAUAAGCACGAGGAAACGCAAAAAAGUGGAAACAACCCAACAGCAGAAGUAAUGCCAGUAAGAUCUGUGUGUCUGAAUCCAGAGUUAGUAAAAGGAUGUGCCGCUGAGAAGGUUUCCAAAAUGAGCUUUAUAAACUGCAAUUCUUUUCUAAUCCAAAGUACGAAUGUCAUGGAGUAUUCUGUAGUCUACAACAGCAGCUUUUCUAAGUGUGUAAAAGCAACUUCUAAAUCCGUCGUAACGGAUGUUCUGGCUCACCCACUAGUGUGUAGUACUACAUCUGCAGAUACUUGCAGCGACCUACAUUUCACAAACAGUGAGAACACUCUUGCAAAAUCUGGCUUUAAAAGCCUGAAUACAUUUUCCAGACUGAAAAACAAAUCCAAGAGAUUUAUUUAUACAAUAAAUAAUACUUUACUGUAUCAGGAAGAAAAAAUACAGAAAGAAGUAACCUCUGAAUUACCUGCUGAUCUUAUGUUUUCCCAUUUGGAAACUGAUUCACACAAAUUUCAAGGUUGUCAUGUGGCCACAGAUGGUGACCCAGACUCUUCGCUUUUUGCUGAGAGGCAACUGAAUAUCAAGGAAAAUAACUUGAGCACUUCUGUAAAAAAGGAUCUAGAGGAUAACUCAUCCUUCAACAGUGGUAUGGAACAACAAGAGCUGAGGAACUUGGGGAAAGACACCAGCGAGUAUCAAGCUGCUACCUCAUUAAAAUGCAUAGAAGCAUCCAACCAUCAGAAAGAAGAUAAAACAGAUUCUUUAAAUAGUGAAAGAAUUUCAAAUAUAAAACGAAAGGUUCUAAGUGCAGCGUGCCUAAUGGCAAGAAAGCAUUCCAGAUUGUUUCCUGAAGACUGUUGCUUAGAGAAAGGCAAGGAAGAUACAUAUGUGAGCCGUAAUGUGAACAAUGGAGCUACUGUCCCUCAGAGCCUGAAAGGACAACCUGCGCAGUCUUCUCCUAGUAAUAUUGAUCGCUUGAUUGAUGUGUGCCAUGACACUACAUCUGUGACAAACAGAGAUGUCAAUAAGACUUUGAGUCAGAUCAACUUCGGCAUCAAUAGAGUCAGCAGUGACUCUUGUAAUAAAACAUCAGCUGAUAAAAAGUAUGCUACGGACCCGCUGUCUGUAGUUGAACAUAGACAAGUACUUGCACCUUUGGGAAUAAAUUGCUCAGGAAAUGACUGCGUCAGAUUAAAACAAUGGGGAAAAAAAGAUGUAGCUGCCUUUUCAGGAGAUGUAGCUGACAAUCAAGAAAUGAGGUCAGUUAAAAGCGAUGAAAGUCCAGAAGCAGCUGCUUGCAAUAAAGUAGCUGUAGAGAUUGUUAAAGAAUUGUUGGAUUGUGUAGAUGAUAAUUCUUUAAUUGAAGUAAUUUCUGAAGUAGAUAAACAAGUACCACCUAUGUAUUCCAACAAAAAGCCAAAUGAAAACCUAGAGCAUGAAGGGAAAUUAUCAGGAAUUGUUAAUGUAUGCAGGUCAAAUCUGAGCUUUGGUGGCUUCCAGACUGCUUCCAAUAAGCAAAUUAAAUUCUCUGAAGACAGUAUAGCAAAAGGCAAAAUGCUCUUCAAAGAUAUUGAAAACGAAUGCUUUGAAGCUUCUUACGUGGAAAGAGUCAGAAAUUUUUCAAAUCAAGUUCAAAAGGAGAAUGUGUUUUCUUCCAAUUUGGAAAGCAAAUUGGGCAGUGAUUUAUCUGGUUCACAGACAAGGCUUACACAGUUUACUCCACAUAAAGUUGAUUUGUGUAAAAACUUCCCUAGAAGUCUGCAUUCCUUGCAAGAACUUAACCAGACUUUGACAGCAAGCCAAGAAGCUGAAAUUGCCGAAAUUUCUAGUAUCUUGGAAGAAACAGGCAGUCAGUUUGAAUUCACACAGUUUAGAAGGCAAAGUAACGUGAUGCAAACUGUUGAAAAACAUGAUGUUGUAACUGUAGAAACUCACGGGGCAACAAAUGUGGAAAACAUUUCUGAACUGGGGGAAGAUACUGAUUCCUGUAGCACUGUUAAAUCUGAAAAUCAAGUAAGAAAUGACAAGUAUUGUAGUACGUGGAAAGACACAAAUGAAGAAUGUAAAAUGGUAGAAUAUGGAAAAGAAAACACAGUGCUUUUCCAUAAAAGUAAUGAAGAGGUUACUUUAGCAGACAGAGAUGAAAGUGGAAUAUCUGACAGAGAGAGCUUUGCAAUACCUGUACAGGCCAGCGUUUCUAAUUUUGUAGGUUUUACUUCAGCUGGAGGUAAAAAAAUAAGUAUUUCUAAGGCAGCUUUGACCAGAUCUGCAGAGCUUUUCAAGGACUUGGAUGAUAACUAUUUAUUCGAAUCUUCUGAAGCUAAUACUAAAUGCAGCAAUUCAAAGGGUGGGGGGAAGGCUUCAAACUGGAAUUCUUUUAGUUGCCUGCCAAAAGAAAACAAAAGUGUUUCAAACAUCAACAGCAUAGGUGCAAUUCCCCAUGCACGUUCUGUUUCCCACCAUUCAGAGAAAAAACAUGCAGAAAAUGUUAGUACAUCCGAAAAGGAAAAUAAAGAAAAGUGGACAAAAAGAUUAAUAAGUGAUGAUGAGCGUGUUAAUUUCAGUCAUGCUAACGCUAGGCAUUCUGCCUACAGAAUUGAAAACAGAAUUCAAAAACAGAACCAGAAUCAUAAUAUUCCCAAACAAGCUUUGAAUCCAGGGGAUUGCCACGCUGAAGAUAGCUUACAGGAAGACUCUUUGUAUGUAACUUGUCUAGGAGAUGCUACUGCCACUGCAGAAAAUUGUGGUUUAAGUAUAUCAGAUGAAAUGGAAAACCUGUCCUCUACUGAGAAAGGAGAAGACAGAAAGCAGAAAGAUGAACACUUGCCACAGAAAUUUCAAACUUCUGAUGAUGCUAUAUCCAUUUCUGAUGGUCCUUUAGACAGUUCUCUACAUGGUGUCAGUGUAAAUUGUGGAGAAAGAGAAGUAGAUGUUUCAGAGGACUCUGAUAAACGAAAGACAAAUAGUAUCAAUAUUGAAGGAGAAGGCACCACACGUAUGAGCCUGUUUGUGAAUGAAAGCAGAAUAAAACUAGGCUCCUACCAACAUCAUGGAGUACAUUUGGAACAAGAGGUGGAUGUUGAACCAAGUGAAGUUAAGGGAAGUUAUCUGACUGGUUUCCAGACUGCUGGUGGCAAGAGAAUAACAAUUGCUGAUGGAUUUUUGGCUAAAGCUGAACAGUUUUUUUCAGAAGAAGAUGUUGACUUAGGAAAACAUAAUGACAGUUUUAAGGAUCACCUAAAGAACAGGAAACGUAGUAUAAACUGCAUUAAAGGCUGUGACUUCCAUAUUGACAAUGUUGCUCAGUGUGAUGCAGAAAUACCUGAUUGUAAUAAAAAGCUUAUUUCUGAAGAACCUGGGAUUCGAUUUAAGCAGACAAGAGAAAGUAGUCCCACUAAGCAAGCUGUGAUUCGUUAUAGCAUUAAAGUAGAUGCAUUUACUAAUAUAGGUGAAGGUAGAAAAAGAAAUUUGGUAGCUACAUAUGAAAAAGCUGAUGUCCAACCUGGAAAGUCAGAACUAGAAUCUCUUUCCAAAUGGGAAAGUAAAGCUUUCAGUAGAACUUGUUUGUCUGAAGAUGGAAAAUUGUUUGCGGAGAUGGAUGUGGAAUGCUCAGCAAAAAAGGAUCAAUCAGAAAACAGACAUGAUUUUCCUAUGCAGUCAGCUACACCUCUGCCUUCAAUGAAGGUAUCAGCUAACCCUGUGGAUAAUUCUGUGCCUUGUGAAACAAAAAAUACUUUAUUUGUUGAGGAUAGUAGCAAAUCUAAUCAGACUGUCCCCUUAGCUUAUAGUAGUGUUUCACAAAGUAACUUUUCUCAGUUGAACAGGGACAGCAAGGAAUUUGAUUUAAAACAUUUAAAUCAACCUUGUUUUAAUGCCGACUGCUUCACAGACGCAACUCUUAAUGCUCACCAAAAUCAGUCAGAAGUUGGCCUUCCUGAAGGUGGAACUAAUUUAGCCUGCUUACAAGAAACGUCACUUAAUUUAAAUGACGGAAAUCCAAAGGGUGGUCUGAAACAAACUGUGUUCAGUACAGCAAAAGGUAAAGCAGUGUUUGUUUCGGAAAGUGCAUUAGCAAGUGUCAGACAAUUGUUUCAAGAAGACUGCGGUGAAUCUGUAAAACGUGAAGUUAAAACCAAAUCAAGAAUUAGUCAAAUGGAAAUUCCUGGAAAAUCAUCUUCUGUCAUUCCUGCUGAGUGUCCUAAUUCUGCCAAGUUUUUAGAUGCUACAAAAAGAGAGGGGAAUUCAGCAGCAUCUCAGUUCAUUAAUGGAAACUUGAAUGGUCAGCAAGAUGCAAACCCAUUUGCAGAUGAAGUUUCUGUUCCAAAUUCUCAGGUGCGAGGCUUUGAACAGAAUACUAAGCUUUUGGGACACGUGUCUGUGCCAGAUAAGCAGAUAAAGCGGUCAGAAUCUUCUACAAGCAACCUUGGAUUUUUCAGUACAGCAAGUGGCAAGCCCGUACAACUCUCAGAAGAGUCGCUAAAGAAAGCUAGACAGCUCUUUUCUGAGAUGGAAAGUAGCCAUUCAUCAGGAUUACAGGAAUUUUUAGUUGAAGAAGAUGCUGAAAAAUCUAAAAAACUUACUGAAGAAGUAUUUCCUAGGAAAAUGCAGCUAGAAGAGAGGGAAAAUGCCAGCGCUAAACUGAUUUCAGGUCCUGCUUUUGGGUUCAGCACUGCAAGUGGAAAACAGGUAACGGUCUCAGAAAAUGCCUAUCAGAAAGCAAAGGCAAUUUUAAAAGAAUCAGAUGAUUUUUUAAGCCAUGAGCUCUGCAUUAUAGAUCAACUUCAUGCAAUUAAAGAGAGCAGUCAACAUAAAACAUCUCGAACUGGUGAAGUGACCUCAGAAUCCAAAAUUGACAAAAGCUGCGAUGAGGAGUUUGACUUUAAAAGCAACCACGCUGAGGAAAUAAAGUCUUUUUCAAGCACUCACCACCUCAAGAUGCCUGAGUAUGUACCCCAUGGUAAGAAAAACAACCAGUUGGCAUUAUUUAAAAAUAGCUUUCAGCAAGAGGAGACUGGGUCUUUCAGAAAAGGACUGAAUCUGGAGAUGAAAACAGAGCCUGAAGCAGUUCCAUGCAGUGCUACUGCUAAAGCAGAAAUUAAUGAUGAUCUGUUCCAAACUCCAAAAAAUCACUUGAAAGUGGGCGCUGUGGGAAUUGAAAAAGCUUCUGUAGGAGAUCACCUUUCAGGUCGUGGAGCAAAGACUAAUUCUGCGCAGUUCUUCAGUGGCAAAACGUCAGAUAACAGCUUUCAAAAUAAGACUUUUGGAAAGAGGCACUUCGAGGAAAAGAACUCACUUGGAGAACCUCCAAUUAAAAGACAGCUACUGCUUGAAUUUGACAAGACAAAGAAUCCCCCCAGAUCUCUGAAAGCUUCAAAAAGCACUCCUGAGGGCAUUUUCAAAGACAGAAGAAAAUUUUUGUACCACAUUCCUUUAAAACCAGUAACUUGUCAGCCUUUUGGGGCUACUAAAGAACGACAAGAAGUCAAGAAUCCUACUCUUACUUUACCAGACCAAGAUUUCAAAGGAUUUAAAUCUAAACCUGCCAUUUUUCAGCACUGUGCCCUAAGGCAGUCUUCAAAUGAGGCUUCAAGAUUUUCUACUCCACAUAAGGCCUCAGCCCAAGAGAGUGAAGAAAAAAGAAAUUUGUACAAAUCUGGCAAAACUGCUAAAACUUUUGUUCCACCCUUCAAAACCAAGCUGACACUUUCUACUAGUGAACAAGGCAGCAGCAAGAGAUGUGACUCACCAAUCAGCAAAAAUGUGACUGAAGAGAGGGAAUUAAAUCAGAUCACAAUUGAAAAAGAUAUUGCUGAAAGUCAAGAUCACCCGUCUUGUAUCCUGCAUGCAUCAGACACUGAUUUAGAAAAUGGAAAUUUAGUUAUGAGCAAGAUGAUGGCAAAUCUCCGCUGUGCUAGAGAUCUACAGGAAAUGAGAAUUAAAAAGAAAUACAGACAAAAUAUUAGCUCACAGCCAGGCAGCCUGUAUGUCAUUAAAACAUCUGCAAGAAAUAGAAUCUCUCUGAGAACUGCAGUAGAAGAGAAGUCUCCCCGUUUUUAUUCUACAGAAGAGCUUUACAGAUACGGUGUUUCAAAACAUUGUGUACAAGUUAACAGCACAAAUGCAGAAUCAUUUCAGUUUCUCAUCAAAGACUUCUUCAGCAAGGAGUAUUUAUUAGAGGGAAAUGGGAUCCAGCUUGCUGAUGGAGGGUGGCUAAUUCCUACAGAUGAGGGAAAGGCUGGAAAAAAGGAGUUUUACAGGGCUCUGUGUGAUACUCCUGGUGUGGAUCCCAAACUAAUAACAGAGGCCUGGGCUUACAAUCACUACAGGUGGAUUGUAUGGAAAUUGGCAGCCAUGGAAGUAGCUUUUCCACAUGAAUUUGCUACCAGGUGUUUGACACCAGAAAUGGUGCUGUUGCAGCUGAAAUAUAGGUAUGACUUGGAAAUCGAUAAAAGUAAGCGAUCAGCAAUCAAAAAAAUAACGGAGAGAGAUGAUGCAGCAGGUAAAACACUUGUGCUGUGCGUCUCUAAAAUCAUAUCACUAAAUGCCGUUGUAUCUCCCAGCAAUAACAAUAUGGAAAGUAAAAAAGGAGCAGCAAUAAUUGAAGUUACUGAUGGCUGGUAUGGGAUUAGAGCUCUUCUGGAUCCACCCAUCAAAGCUUUCUUACACAGAAGAAGGCUUACUGUUGGUCAGAAGAUCAUAGUACAUGGAGCAGAACUCGUUGGCUCUCAAAAUGGAUGUACACCACUGGAAGCCCCAGAUUCCCUUAUGUUGAAGAUUUCAGCGAACAGUACCCGCUGCACACGAUGGCACGCAAAACUAGGAUUUCAUCGGGAUCCCAGACCUUUUCCUUUGCCUCUGUCAUCGCUUUACAGUGAGGGUGGUGCAGUGGGGUGUAUUGAUGUCAUCGUUCAAAGAACUUACUCUCUUCAGUGGAUGGAAAAGACAUCAGCUGGCUCCUAUGUGUUCCGCAACAGCCGAGCUGAAGAAAGGGAAGCUGCCAAGCAUGCAGAGGAUCAACAAAAGAAACUGGAAGCUCUAUUUGCAAAAGUCCAAGCAGAAUUUGAAAAGCAUGAAGAGAGAGCUAGCAGAAAAACACCAAGGUCACGCGUAGUCACAAGACAGCAAAUCCAUAAUUUGCAAGAUGGUGCAGAACUUUAUGAAGCAAUCCAGAAUGCACCUGACCCUGGUUAUAUGGAGGGUUAUCUUAGUGAAGAUCAGCUAAAAGCUCUGAAUGCUCACAGGCAGCUGAUGAAUGAUAAAAAGCAAACUCGGAUACAGGAAGAAUUCAAGAAGGCUGUAGAGUCUGCAGAAAAGGAAAAAUAUGGUUGUUCCAAAAGGGAUGUGUCCACUGUAUGGAAAUUAUGUGUGGUAGACUACAGAAAGCAAGAAAAACAUAAAGGAGUGAUACUGAGCAUCUGGCGUCCAGUACCAGACGUCUGUUCGCUGUUAAAGGAAGGCAGUCGGUACAGAAUCUACCAGCUGUCAACAUCACAGUCCAAAGGAAGAGCAGAAUCAACUAACAUACAAUUAACAGCAACAAAGAAAACUCAGUAUCUACAACUACCAGUCUCGCAGAAGAUGCUGCUGCAGAUUUUCUUUCCAAGAAAGGCUCUAAAAUUCACCAGUCUGUUGGAUCCUUCUUUUCAGCCACCAUGUGCUGAAGUUGAUUUAGUUGGAGUUGUAGUUUCUGUUAGCAAAACAGGUUUUGCUACUAUGGUUUAUUUAUCUGAUGAAAGCUACAAUCUGGUGGCAAUAAAGAUCUGGGCAGAUCUCAGGCACUUUGCUAUUGAGGAUAUAGUCGUUCGCUGUUCGUUCAUUUCUGCAAGCAACCUUCAGUGGCAGUCUGACCUCAGAUCAGAAAUUCCUAUGCUGUUGGCUGGAGAUCUUUCUGUGUUCUCAGCCAGCCCAAAGGAAACCCAUCUUCAAGAGAAGUUUAAUGAACUGAGAAGUGUGGUAGAGAAUGUGGACUCCUUUUGCUCUGACGCAGAAAGUAAAUUGAUGAAUUUGCUACAAAGAAAUCAGUCACUCACGCCCACUUUACCUAAAAGAUGUGGAUCAGAAUGCUUCUCUCCUUCCUGUAACUCAGGCCUCUAUGCAGCGGAUAAAAGUUUGAUCUCAUCUUCUAAAAUGGAGAUAAAGUAUCUGAGCCCUUUGUCAACCAGCACACCGAAUAUGAAACUUGUCGCACAGGGAUCAGUGAAAACUCUUUCUGCUGCAACUGACGAAGAUCAUCCCAAAAACAGCAAAAAGAGAAAAGCAAUGGACUUCCUCAGUUGCAUACCUGCCCCUCCACCACUGACACCGAUCUGUUCAACCAUUUCUCCAUCUCUAAAAAAGGCAUUUCAGCCUCCGCGAAGUUUGGGCUUACAGCGUAGCAAGUCAGCAAAAGAAACAAAUGUGAAUGUGGGUUUUGUCACCCCCAGCAGAAAAGGGAGAGAAACCAUCCGUGUUCCUGUUAAUGACUUGGUUGCUGAUGAAGAACUCGCAAUGAUUAAUACGCAAGCACUCAUAAAUACUUUACCAGAAGAAAAGAAGACUGAUGUAAAUGAAAAUGGUACAAUAGCUACUGAUUUGUCUGAUGAUCUUUCACCCAAACAUAGUUCCAGAUCAGCUGAGGAAGCAAAGAAUUCAUUAAAAAGCAGUUCUGAAGGAGCUGAGGCUCUUCAGAAGGACACAAAGGAACCUGGGGGCUCAUUAUCAACCCACGGGAUGCUGCAAAGACGAAAAUCCCGAAAAUGCUACUAGACACACGUGUACAGUGUUGUAUAUAUUUCAAGUUUAAAUGUUUUUUAUGUUGUACAUUAAAUCCUGAUUGUAUAUAAUAAAGCUAUAUUACAAAAAUUCAC